AGGUGGAGUGUGUCGUCUUCAACGAGGAGUACAUGAACUGCACAUGGGGGAACAGCGAGACGCUCACGGCCAACUACUCCCUCUACUACUGGUACGAGAACAGGUCCCCCGUGGUGGAGUGCAAGCACUACCUGCAGGACCGGGGCAUCAGAUUUGGCUGCCACUUCAACCAGAGUGAGAUCAUCCAGUUCCAGCCCUUCCGUGUCCUCGUCAAUGCCAGCCUCGGCGGCAGGACCCUGAAGAUCCCCAGCGAGCGCAUGGAGCUGCAGGACCUGGUGAAACCAGGGACGCCUGUCAACCUGACCAUCCACAACAUGAGCAGCAACCAGCUGCAGCUGACCUGGACCUCCCCAUACCCCAAAGCCCAGUGCCUGGAGCAUGCCGUCAAGUACAAGAGCAACAAGGACACUGGCUGGACGGAGCACCAGGUGAAAGGAGACACCUUCUCCUUCCCCAGCGUGGACUAUGAGAAGUACUAUACCUUCUAUGUGCGCAGCAAGAUCAACAGCUACUGCGGCAGCACCAAGCUCUGGAGCGAGUGGAGUGUCCCCGUGGUCUGGGGCAGCAACUCCACCAGCAAGGGCCCAGCGGAGGAGCAGCUGCACUGGUUCUGGAUCCACACGGUCUUGAUCCCCAUUGCCUCCUGCCUGGUCUUGCUGGUCCUUGUUGUCCUGCUGGUGCGCAUGGAAAGGGUGUGGGUCAUCCUCAUGCCCCGAAUCCCCAACCCCAGCAAGAAUUUCGACGAGCUCUUCAUCACCCACAACGGCAACCUGGAGGAAUGGGCCGGAGUCCCCAAAGACGUCGUGGAGAGCUUCAAGCCCAACUACAGCGAGAACAUCUGCUAUGUGAGUGAGCUGCCCCCCAAGGACAGCUAUGAGCCCCUCUGGGAGAGCAGCAACCACCCACUGUCUGUGACGGCUGGGGCCCUGGCCACCCUCCGCCCU